AUUAAAUUAGUGUUAGCAAAAGUAAUACUAAUAAUAAUUGGCCGUUGUCAACCAAAUCUUAACUAGUGGCUAUUAAACUAACAUGUCAUUUAAAUUCAGUUUAUAAAAUCAUCUAAAGAAGGGAUGAGCAGUGAACAUAAAAAUAGAUAUUUAUUAUUAACAUAAGACAAAUACUGACUAAAACUACAAGUUGAGAAAAAUGACUGUGGAUAAAUGUGCGAAACCAUUUUUGAUGACACGUACAGUUACAGGCUAUAUAUUGAGUGAAGCUCAAAAUUCUCAACAACUCCCACAAGCUCAACAACUUCAGCACUGGGCAAACACACAAAACCUUUGAUCCCUAUAAAAAGAUACGUUCUUUAUUCCCAUACAGGAGACAAAUCUACAGAGAGCAAUGGCAGCGAUAGUUACCGGGCUUAUCCCAAUCCUCCGCACUGCGGUGGACUCCACUGCCACCUAUAAAGGUCGCACCAUGUGGUUCGGUCUGCUCUGCAUCCGCCUUGUGACCGUCUUUCUGGCUCAGUUUCCAUGGAAAACCGUAAAUGAUGAUUUCCACUGUAACACCACUAGCUCCUACUGCAUUAAAGCUUGUUUUAAUGAAUACUUUGACAAUUCUGUAGUGAUGGCGUGGCAUUUCCUCUUUAUUCUUCUUGUGCUCUCGGUCCUUCUCAUGGAGCUGUUUUCCUCCCAUCUUCGGUCUUCAUUCCAGAAGAAGAAGGAGAGAGAAAUGGAAUCUCAAAGCAAGCAGGAAGCUGUCUCUGAUCCCACCAUGACUGUUGGUGGUAGGAUGAUGAUAGACUUCCACAAAAGCAAAAGUAGUGUGAUGGUGUACUUGUUCAGCAUCGUUCUACGAAUUGCAGUGGAGGUUUUGUUUGUGUACGUCUUGCUCUCCUGGGUACUACCUAGACUGCGUGACACGUUUUUCGUUUGCAAUGGACAAGCUUUUGAUUGUCCAGCUGGUCUGAAAUGUGUGGUCCGAGGGGCGGCAGAAAAGAGAAUGUCUGUCUAUGCAUUACUGUUUAUAUCUGCCCUGGUUAUUUUAACAAGUGGUCUGUUCUGUCUCUACUCAAUAGGCCACUAUCUCUGUAAUGGUUAACAAAAGGAUUACAUUGAACACAAGCAUAUUAAGUAGCUUUAAUGCAUCUGUAUAUAAUUUUUUUU